AUGUUCCCGCGUAGGCCGCCGGCCGGCCUGGCCGCCUGGCUGGUGGGCGCGGCGGCGGCGGCGGCCGGGCGCGCGGGCGCGCGGGGUGGGGGCCUGCUCGCCCUGCUGGCCAAUCAGUGCCGCUUCGUGACGGGCCUGCGCGUGCGGCGCGCGCAGCAGAUCGCGCAGCUCUACGGCCGCCUGUACUCGGAGAGCUCGCGCCGCGUCCUACUCGGUCGCCUCUGGCGCCGGCUGCGUGGACGCCCGGGCCAUGCCUCUGCUUUGAUGGCGGCGCUCGCCGGCGUGUUCGUGUGGGACGAGGAGAGGAUCCGGGAGGAGGAGUUGCAGAGAUCCAUUGAUGAGAUGAAACGGUUGGAGGAAAUGUCAGGUAUGUUUCGGAGCUCUGGAGCUGAGCGCCACCCCCCAGAACCAAAAUCCCAGACAGAAGGGGUUGAAGAUUCAGGAGGCAAAGAGCAGCCGUGGGAGAUGGUGAUGGAUAAGAAACACUUCAAGCUGUGGCGGCGUCCCAUUUCAGGCACCCACCUUUACCAGUACCGAGUGUUUGGAACCUACACAGACGUGACACCACGGCAGUUCUUCAAUGUUCAGCUGGAUACAGAAUAUAGGAAAAAGUGGGACGCCCUGGUGAUCAAGCUGGAAGUGAUUGAGAGGGAUGUGGUCAGUGGCUCUGAGGUUCUUCACUGGGUGACCCAUUUUCCUUACCCGAUGUACUCACGGGAUUAUGUGUACGUUCGGCGGUACAGCGUGGAUGAGGAAAACAACGUGAUGGUGUUGGUGUCACGUGCUGUGGAGCACCCGAGUGUGCCAGAGUCUCCAGAAUUUGUCAGGGUCCGAUCAUACGAGUCCCAAAUGGUUAUCCGUCCACACAAGUCAUUUGAUGAGAACGGCUUUGACUACUUGCUGACAUAUAGUGACAACCCCCAGACCGUGUUUCCUCGCUACUGCGUUAGUUGGAUGGUUUCCAGUGGCAUGCCAGAUUUCCUGGAGAAGCUGCACACGGCCACUCUGAAAGCCAAGAACAUGGAGAUCAAAGUGAAGGACUAUAUCUCAUCUAAGCCUUUGGAAGUGGGGAAUGAGGCCAAAGCCGCCACCCCAUCUUCUGAGCGCAAGAGUGAGGGCAGCUGUGGGCCUGCCCGCAUCGAGUAUGCUUGACAGGCCCUGGGGGAAGCGGGGCCAGGCGGGUUCCAGUCCUGUCUCGGUGUCAUCACGCCCUCUGCUGCGAAACAGGGUGGGUUCGAAGGGGUCUGCUGUGGCCACCACUGUGGGCUGAUUCAGUACUGCUCUCAGAGCCCUGCUGCUCUGUAUCGGGACAGAAGGAGGAGGCAUCGAAAGGGCCUGGUCACGGUCUUGGGCCGCGCAUUUUGAAACUGGUGUUUCCUGGAGCUCCUCUGGAGCCAGCCUUGCCUCAGGCCGGAGGGGACAGCAUCUGUCGCUUUCUCUGCCCACAUUGCGUUCUCAUCCUCGGUUCUGCAGCACUUUGGGUGGGUUUCCUUUGGUUCUGAAGGUCCAGCUGGACCACGUGGAUGGUUGAGUCUCCAGUGAGGGGUCGUGGCCAGGGGCACUCUGGGCCACAGUCCUGGUGUCGAGGGGGGUGUGAACUGUCGCUUGGCAGCGUAAGUGCCUUGUCCUCACCUUCCCGUCUCUAGGGACAUAAAGUUUGUUCCAAGAAAUGUCGAUCUCCGCCUCCCGUUGCCGUUCCCACGCAAAGCAGUUUCCCUGAGUCAGCCGGUUCUUCGGUGUUCAUGUGCUGUGUCCGUCUGGGCCACUGCCUACCCUGUAGCCCGUUUGCCAAGAACACUGGGAAGCUAACGCUGUCAGACAGUGACUCUGUCAUCAAUGUUUUUGAUAGGAUCAGUGGAGAUGCUCAAAACAUUAUCCAGUUUAGCUUUGUGUGUGGUGGUUUUUUUAACUUUUGUGUUAAAGACGGGGGGUGAAAUUAGGGAAUGGAAUAGGAUUUUUUUCCCAUAGUCUGGACUGUAUAGACAGCACCGUUUUGAUUCAAGCAUUAUUUUUACACUUUGGGUUUGAUUUGAUGCCUGCAAAUAGGCCAUCUUGGAAGGCUGAAGGCAGAGGGGUGGGGGUUGGGCACCUCCCUGGAAGCCGUCAGAACUACAGACAAGCUGUGUGAGCAGACAGAUGCAGUCGGUCCCAAAUGCUGGGGGGAUGUGACUUACGUGACCCUGUGAAAAACUUUUCGUCGUCUUCUGAGCUAAAAUUAAGGCAAACCACGCUGUUCCGAUAAAGUCACAAUCAGAUGGGAUCAGCCUGGCCUGGCUAACGGGGCUUAUGGUCAUGCUGCCGUCUGACUGGGAGCAUCGGGACGGGCUUCAGGGCUUCAGAUCCUCCUCCUCCCCCUUAUUUCUUAGAAUAUGAAUGACUAGAUUUCCUCCACCCCCACUUGCUACCCUUUUGUGUUGCUGAAAGAGGAGCGAAAGCGGAGAUUAAGCCCCUUAACCUUUUUGUGGCCUAAGUUUUGUGCCAAGGAAAUGCCUGCCCCACUCUUUGACGUCUUGCAGUCUCUGCGUCGUUGGCAGACCAGAGGGGUGCCUCGGACAGUCCCGCUUCUCUUCAUCGGUUGUGUCUCCCUGCUCAUCCCCAGGGAUGAGUCCCUGGGUUGCGUUGGAACUGUGCGCCUGUGACUGUUGGGACGGGUUGUAAUGGACGAGUGCCGUGAGUACACUUGAGCAAAGGAGCUGUGCGUUGCUUGUGUGCUUUUCGGCAGUUUGACUCUGCACUUGGUGUUGGUUUGUACAGUACUUACGUCAUUGUAAUGAUUUCACUCCUGACUGACGUUUUUACCAAAUGCGUGAAUAAAUACAUAAGGAUUGGUAUGAAACAAUGUGUCUUCGGACGUACGUUGUCAAGGAAGUCUUGCAUACUGGGCUUAUUAUUUCUCCUGAUCAAAAAGCAUGUUCCCGCCAGCAUAGUUGGCAUAUGGAAGCAGCAAGGUGUGGGAACAGUGUUAGAAGGGCCUCUGGCCUGGGUCUGGAGCCCUGGAGCCGAAGAGGGGCAGUGGGCCCCAAAGCCCAGGGCGUGGUGGGAAGUGAGGUCACAGGCGGUUCUGCUGGGAUGCAGGUUGGUGCGGGUGACAGCUCCAUUGAAGACUCCGAGCACACGAUGAGUGUUGUGUGUGUGUGUGAUGUUGCCUGUGGGAGACAAUGAGGUGAACACGAAUGCACGCCCAAGACUGUGGCGGCUCCUCCACAGUGCUGGGAAGCCCUCAGCUAGCAGGCCUCCUGUUAGAGGGCGUGGACUGUGGGUACACGCGGGCCUCUGCAACCCUCACGUACAGACAGAGCUGGGUGCUGGCCUGCGCCCUGCUUGGCGCCCUGCCCGCUGUCCAGGCUACGCGUGAACACUUGCAUGGAGAGGCGGUUGGGUUCCUGAGAGCAGCGUUUGUGCUGCCAGACAGCUCCAGCUUUCAGAAAGUUCUUUACCUGACGCCAAGUGGGCCUCAUCCUGUCUACUGAAGGGUCAAGCCCUGAGCUUGAAGCAACACUGGAAAACUCUCCCGCGGAAGAACCCUUCAUUUUCUUGAAGGCGGUGCUCAUGUGCCAGCUUUUCCCAGGCUUUAUGUCACCAGAACUUUAAAAUUCCUCCAACUUUCUGAGUACUUCUCUGGUGGUCCAGUGGUCGACUCUGCCUUCCAAUGCAGGGCGUGUGGAUUUGAUGCCUGGUGGGGAGCUAAGAUCCCCCACACCUUGUAACCAAAAAACAUGAAACAGAGGCAGAAGCAGUUUUGUAACAAUUCAAUAGAGACUUUGAAAAUGGUCCACAUCAAAAAUAUGUUUUUAAAAAUUCAACUUUUUUUUUUGAACAAUUCUAUACA